UUCAGCCGCGUGCAGACUAACGGCGCCGCGCUGCAGCGUCGUGCGGUGGCCUUGAUUUACUAAACUGCUCGCUGUAGCAUUAAUUAGAGUCCAUAAAGUGAAUGUUGCCAUUUCAUUCAGAUAUGACAUCCAGUGUAAAACGAGUGUGUGUGUGUGCGUGCGUGCGCGCGCGCCGUUACGGUCGCGUAAACAAAUGGGGCCUUCUUCUCCCUAAACAGGUGCUGUAAACAACCCACGCCCGCGUGACGUGCUGCGACUUCUUUGCAAGUAGCAGGACUAUAGAUUCACAAAGCAGCCAACAUGUGUGCUGCAUACACCUGCCUGUUUUAGGCCAGAGUUUUGACAGAGAGGCUGUCUGUUAUUUCGGGGCUUUGUUGAGGUUGAAGUCUCUCGGAUGACAUCAUCAUUGCAGGAAUCCAUGGAUCAGCUGUUCCCUAACGUGAAGAAUAGAGAUAUUUUUUUGGUCAUGAGCCAGCAGUAGCCCUGUUCGCCAGAGCAGAAGGACAUUCCUGCAGUCUCUAAAGGCGUGAGGGGCCCCAGGAUUUGGGGGCCCCCGGCUUUAUACACAUUGUCUUUGCCUGCAGAAUUGUUCCUGUAAGCAUUGCCAGUUUUGCACAGCAACACAUCUUUUUUUGUUUUACUAAACUUAACUCAAGGAUCUCAUUGUCCCCCACCACUGGAGCUCCAUUUGAGUGUUACUGUUAACUGAAUGGAGCUCAUUAGGAUUCUUGUCCAGUGGAGCGGGCGGGACAGCCAAGUAACAUCUUUAAGUCCAACAGCCAGCCUCUUUGGGUUUUUUUUAACCCCUGGAUUCACAAAGCUAUUCAUCCCUUGAGACGCAACAGGAAGUUGUGAACUUGGGAAACUCCACUGAGUGGUGAACACUAAUGUCCAUUUGGGCCACACAAGCUUUUGCGGUGCAAUGGAAUAUGAUUUUAAAUGAGAAAGCAUUGUCUAUUUACACUUUGACCUUUCUCUCGCUCUCUUUUAUCUCAUUCUCCCUCCCAGCCUGCCAAUACAGACAAGGUAUCACAUUUCUAUCACAUUUAUCACAGUGCUUUUGGUAUUCAUGUCUCAAAUCAAAUCAUUUCUCUGUGCUUAGACUUAUUUUAGGUUCUAAUGGAAAAAAUAUUUUUGCAUAGACUUUUGGUUGCCCCGUUGUCUUAGCCAAGAUUGUCUCACCCAUAAGCUUUCUAUUUAUAGACAGCAGCGUGCGUGGUCACACAGCCCCAUAUUUUUAUCACACUCCAGUAUGUAUCCAACCGGAGGGAUAUCUUCAGCCAUACAGGCCAACAGGCUACGAGCUGACGGCAUGGGCUCCAAGGAGCAGGCAGUGCUCUUCUCCAACCAGGACUACGAGGCACUGAAGCAGGAAUGUUUGGAGUCCGGCUGCCUGUUUGAAGACUCCUAUUUCCCUGCAGAGCCCCCAUCACUGGGCUUCAAGGAGCUCGCCCCCUAUUCCUCCAAAACUAAGGAUGUGGUGUGGAUGAGGCCCUCGGAACUGAAUGACAAUCCUCAGUUCAUUGUGGGUGGGGCCACCAGAACUGACAUCUGUCAGGGAGCGCUAGGCGACUGCUGGCUCUUAGCUGCUAUCGGCUCUCUCACCCUCAAUGAGAGGCUUCUUCAUCGGGUUGUCCCUCAUGGCCAGUCCUUCCAAGAUGAUUAUGCAGGAAUCUUCCACUUUCAGUUCUGGCAGUUCGGUGACUGGGUAGAUGUUGUGAUAGAUGACAGACUGCCUGUCAAAGACGGCGAGCUCAUGUUUGUUCAUUCUGCUGAGGGCAAUGAAUACUGGAGUGCACUCCUGGAAAAGGCUUACGCCAAGCUGAGUGGCUCCUACGAGGCUCUGUCCGGGGGAAGCACCACUGAGGGGUUCGAGGACUUCACAGGUGGUGUGUCUGAGAUGUACGAGCUCCGCAAAGCUCCCAGAGAUCUGCACAGGAUAAUAGGCAAAGCCCUGGAGAGAGACUCUCUGCUGGGCUGCUCCAUCGAUGUAAGUGCGCAACAUGCCGACACAAAACCCAGAAGCUCAGCGCUUCACCGGCUUGUCACAGCCAAUAGCGUUAAAAGCACUUCUAUUUAUUUACGUGGCAGUCAAUGCUGUGAUGAUGUUUCAAUAUUAUCGCAGAUCACCAGUGCCUUCGACAUGGAGGCCGUUACAUUCAAGAAGCUGGUAAAGGGCCACGCCUACUCAGUAACCGGAAUGAAGGAGGUUCACUUCCGCGGCAACAUGGAACGCCUAAUCCGAAUACGUAACCCUUGGGGUCAGGUGGAGUGGACUGGUGCCUGGAGUGACAAUUCUCCUGAAUGGAACGAGAUUGACCCGUCUGAACGAGAGGACCUGCAUCUGAAGAUGGAAGACGGGGAGUUUUGGAUGUCCUUCAGUGAAUUCAAGAGGCAGUUUUCUCGGCUGGAGAUCUGCAACCUGACUCCUGACACUCUGAGUGAGGACAGUCUCAGCAACUGGCACACCAUGAAGUUCUACGGCGCUUGGAGGAGGGGCAGCACUGCCGGAGGCUGCAGGAACCAUCCCAACACGUUUUGGAUCAACCCUCAGUACAAGAUCACGUUGCUGGAGGAGGAUGAUGACCCGGAGGAUGAUGAAGUGGCGUGCAGUUUUUUAGUAGCGCUCAUGCAGAAGGACCGGCGCAGAUUCCGGCGCCAUGGUCAGGACAUGCACACGAUUGGCUUUGCUGUUUAUGAGAUUCCAGAAGAGUACAGAGGCUGCCAGAAUGUCCAUUUGAAGAAAAAUUUCUUUUUGAGCCAUUCGUCUUGCGCUCGCUCCGAGACCUUCAUCAACCUGCGAGAGGUGAGCACGCGGCUCCGCCUGCCCCCCGGGGAGUACCUCAUCGUCCCCUCCACCUUUGAGCCCAGUCAGGAGGCUGACUUUGUCCUCAGAGUCUUCACUGAGAAGCAAUCAGAAACCGAAGAACUGGAUGAUGAAAUCUCUGCUGAAUUAGAAGAUGAUGAUGAAAUAACUGAAGACGACAUUGAUGACUCCUUUAAGUCUACGUUCGCCCAGCUAGCAGGAGACGACAUGGAGAUUUCUAUUCAUGAGCUCCGGACCAUUCUAAACAGAGUCGUCUGCAGGCACAAAGAUCUAAAGACGGACGGCUUCAGUAUGGAGUCAUGCAGGACCAUGGUCAACCUGAUGGAUAAAGAUGGUAGUGCCCGUUUAGGUCUUGUGGAGUUCCAGAUCCUCUGGAAUAAAAUCCGAAAGUGGCUGGUCAUUUUUCGAGACUUUGACCUCGACAAGUCAGGGGCCAUGAGCUCAUAUGAGAUGCGUCUUGCUGUGGAGGCAGCGGGUUUUAAACUGAAUAACAGACUGAACCAGAUUCUGGUAGCCCGGUAUGCAGAGAACGAGAUGAUUGACUUUGACAACUUCAUCUGCUGCUUAGUCAAGCUUGAAGCCAUGUUUAGGGCUUUCCAGCAGUUUGACAAGGAAGGAUCAGGCGAGGCUGAAAUGAAUGUCACAGAGUGGCUUUACCUGACCAUGUGUGGUUGAAGAGGGAGUCUUUAACUGGAGAUGUAAAGUAAAGGCACAGUGCCUGCAGAUAGCAACGAGAACAAGAGAACCAACAAUCUGUCAACCGUAGCAACCUUUAAGACACCUCAGCGUACGUGAAACACAAAAAUAGCUGUAUAAUGGUAAGCAAAGUCCAAUCAAGCCACUUUUAGAAACUAUGCAAGCCUGCAGUAUAAAACAGUCAGUGUGCCACAUCGAUCGGUUUCCACUGUAAAAGCAGCAUGUCUCUGACUCUGUGCAUGACACAAAUCACUAGAUAGAAUGCGUCUUCUUUCAAGUAUAUUUAGCAUUUCUACAUCGUGUUCUUGCUGUCCGUAUGGUUAGCAACUGAUUUACUAACAAUGAUUUCACUGUUGUCAUUAUUUCAAACUACAUGUUUUUGCAAAGGAAUACAUAGAAUAAAUCCCCAAAAGCCUGUUGCUCUAAUGAUACUUUAAAAUGGGAAUUCUUUUCGUUUCUCUGCACUUUUAGUUUGUUCUAAUUUUAAAAACGAGUAAGAAAUUAUCAAUUCAGUGUUGAAAUGGUGGUUGCACGUUUUGACCUGUAGGUGGCAGGAAAGAUCUUAUUUUAAAUUUAGCCUGUUAUAUUACAAAUAUUUAGGGGAUUUUUGUUAGGUUUGUAUUUUGCACUGAUAUUUUAUUUUGAAGAUUCUCAUUAAGUUGCCUGACCGUUUUGUGAAAUACUAUGCUUCAGUCCAUGCAAGUGGCAUUAACAGGGAUAACAUACUAAAUGCCUUAUACGUCACACCAUGGAGCUAAUAAAGGUAUGUCUGUCAUGUGUUUUGUGGUGAAUGUAUAUUGUGCCUUCAAUAAAAUACUCCCCUAGCAGUU